AUGGUGGAUGGGGCCAUGGUGCUGCCCCUGCUGCUGCUGCUGCUGGUGCUGCCCUGCCCCGCUCUGCAAGAUGAUGAGCUGAAGCCGAAUAUGGUCCACUACGAAUGUGUGUGUGAGGGCAUGUCCUGCGGGAAUGGAGACCGCUGCCAAGGCCAGCAGUGCUUUGCCUCCCUCAGCAUUAACGACGGUGCCAAGGUUUACCAGAAGGGCUGCUUCCAGGUCUACGAGCAAGGGAAGAUGACCUGCAAAACCCCUCCUUCUCCCGACCAGGCUGUUGAGUGCUGCCAGGGAUACCUGUGCAACAUGAACAUCACCGCACAGCUGCCUUCCUCCAAAGGGCAAAGCUUCCAAGGAGAAGCCGCGGGUUACAGCAUGGAAACGCUGAUCAUCGUCAUCCUGGCUCCCGUCGUGGUGUUGGUAGUCUUUUCUGCAGCGGCUGUGCUGAUCGUCCGGAGGAUACAGAAAAACCACAUGGAGAGGCUCAAUUCGAGAGAUGCAGAGUACGGCACCAUCGAGGGGCUCAUCGCGUCCAACGUUGGAGACAGCACGUUGGCAGAUUUACUGGACCACUCCUGCACGUCGGGGAGCGGCUCUGGGCUUCCCUUCCUGGUGCAGCGCACGGUGGCUCGCCAGAUCACGCUGGUGGAGUGCGUCG